AUGCACCUCCUCGCCCAAUUCAUCCAGCUACGCUACGAACUCAUCGGAAACCUCACGUCAUGGGUAAACAACACAUACUACGUCCCACCCGACGCAAUGGCAUCUGUCAUGGACCAGGCAGUCCAAGAUAUUGGGGUAUAUCAAUCGUCGUUGGGGGAUAGUUACUUCUACAUCAAGUGCAAUGAGAUUAAGCAAAUCUUGUGCUUUGCGAGUUUUGAGCUGAGAAGGCAGCGGAUAUUUACUCGGGAUGUUGCGCGGGCUAUGGAUGAUGCUGUUGGGAGACUGAGACAGAUUCAGAUUAGUUGA